UCCAGUCGCCCGCAUCCCCGGGUCCUCGCAGCCUGCAGACCCGGGACCCCGACCGGCGCGAGUGGAGCGAGGCCCACUCGGUACCCUGCGGCCGCCGCGGCUGAACGGACUUAAGCCCAUGUGGUUCCAGGGUCUCAUCUCAAGCUCCUUCGUCUAGAGACAUCUCCAAAGUCCCUGUGUCCAAAUAAGCUCACUUCAGCGUCUGGCAGAAUCACAUCUUCUUGAAGGCUGCCGUUCAAUCCACUCAGUGACUGCUGGAUUCCAGGAACUCUACAGCCAUGGCCAUGGGACUUUUCCGGGUCUGUCUGGUGGUGGUGACGGCCAUCAUUAACCACCCCCUGCUGUUCCCACGUGAGAAUGCCACCGUUCCCGAGAACGAGGAAGAGAUCAUCCGCAAGAUGCAAGAGCACCAGGAGAAGCUGCAGCUGGAGCAGCUGCGCCUGGAGGAGGAGGUGUCACGGCUGGUGGCCGAGAAGGAGGCCCUGCAGCAGUCAGAGGAUGACGACGGCCAGCAGCCGCCGGAGGCCCACACUGCCUGGGACCUCUGGAGCACUCUCUGCAUGAUUCUCUUCCUGAUCAUCGAGAUAUGGCGGCAGGACCUCCAGGACAGGCCCUUUCCAGAGUGCCUGGGCGGGGAUGAGGACGACCUGUCUGGAACUCCGCUGCGGGGCCUUCCCCUGCCCGAUAAGGCCACCCUGGACCACUUCUAUGAACACUGUAUUCGAAGUGCCACGGGGGAUGCCACCCGCACCCGGGAGUUUGUGGAAGGCUUCGUGGAUGACCUGCUGGAGGCCCUGAGGAGCAUCUGCAACCGCGACACAGACAUGGAAAUGGAGGACUUCAUUGGCGUGGACAGCAUGUAUGAGAACUGGCAAGCGGAGAGGCCCCUGCUGUGCCGCCUGUUCGUCCCCUUCAUUCCCCCGGAGCCCUACAGCUUCCACCCAGAGCUCUGGUGCUCCAGCCUUUCUGUACCCCUGGGUCGCCAGGGCUACGGCCAAAUCAAGGUGACCCUGGCAGAUGGAGACCCUCUAGGCUGUAUCUGCGGCAAAACCAAGCUUGGGGAAGAUAUGCUGUGCCUCCUCCACGGCAAGAACAGAGCGGUGCGGCCCAGCAGCGGGGGAGGCAGUGAAAUGGAGGACUUGCUGUGUUCCAGGGAGUCCUCAUAUCUGGACACCAUGCAGGUCAUGAAGUGGUUCCAGGUGGCGCUCACCAGGGCCUGGCAUCACAUUGCCCACAAAUAUGAGUUUGACCUUGCCUUUGACCAGCUGGACACUCCAGGCUGUCUCAAGAUCAAGUUCCGCUCAGGGAAGGCCAUGCCCUUCACCUUGACUCCUGUGAUCCAGUGUAACGACUCGGAUCUGUACUUCGUCCUGCGGCCUCCCAAGGAGCCCUGUGGGGGAACUCCAGCCACCAGCACUGACUGGCCCCUGUCCUUUGCUGUCUAUGAGAGACAGUUCCUCCGGAUGACGGCAAAGGCUUUGCCCGAGGGUGCCUGUCACCUCAGCUGUUUGCAGAUCGCCUGCUUCUUGCUAUCCAAGCAGAGCCGCCUGACAGGCCCCAGCGAGCUGAGCAACUACCACCUAAAGACGGCCCUGCUGCAUCUCCUGCUGUCCCGGCGGGCUGCUGACUGGAAGGCCAGCCAGCUGCAGCUGCGCCUGCAGGAGCUCUUCUGCUUCCUGGAGAGGAGCCUCCUGGAGAAGAAGCUCCAUCACUUCUUUGUGGGCAACCGUAAGGUGCCCGAGGCCAUGGGACUCCCUGGGGUCGUGCGCACAGCCGAGCCACUCAACCUCUUCCGGCCCUUCGUUCUGCAGAGGACUCUUUACCAUAGCACAGUGGACUUCUUCUACGAAAUGCUUAAGAAUGCCCCGACGUUCAUUCGAGAGUAUUCCCUCCAUGUCCCCUCAAACCAUGCCAGCCCACCACCAAAAGCUGUUGCCCUGUAGAGCAUGAGAUUUGAGGGCCUUGAGGGAGAGCAUCCCAUGUACCUACCUUCCUGGGCUCUGUGACCCCGUACAGGAAACACAGUAGGCCUGGAGGGAGCUGAGGUUCAGCUUGUGGGGGAGCCAAGUCCUGGAGAGUGAAGGAAACAGAAUCACAACUGGACACUGGUUUGUCUUUCUGCCACAGGGGCUUGCUGGUAAAACCACUGUUUGGGUUUGGGCACUGACCCUUUGCAGCUAGCUCUAGAUCUCACCGCGAAUGACCAAGGCAGUGACCUCACAGUGUCUGGGUGCUGAGUUAGAGAGAAGGUAAGCACUGGCUUGAAUGUAACCCCUUUUGUAUCACAGUCCAUUCUGUGCUUCAUAUCCAUAGGGGAUCUACGAGGAUGUUGCUGGGAACCAGAUCAAGACCCAGCACUCCAUUCCAGGAACUCUUGGUCCAGCUAUCUGCAGUUGACUCAGAAACGCAGGCCGGUGUGGGAAUUCACAGCCUUUGAACCACAUCAGGCACAAUAAUUGAGGUCCCACGGUGGCUGACAUUUUUUCAUACCACUUGGUGAAAAGAACCUGGCAGAGGUCCAGGAGCCUGGUAGCUAAUAUCUCCAUUACACAGAAGUGGGUACUUGAUGGUGGAGAGUCUCACACUGGCCAGUUGUUCAGCCACACAUCUGACCCUCUCCCUGUCCCUUUGCCCUUAGACCAGGUCCCAACCACUGUGGGUAUCUUUUCCCACAGAAGCCCCUCCCCUCUCCAUAGCUGGUCUUGCCAGCCAACAGUGGUAGAGUGACACAGAUAUGUCUGACUUGCACUUUGGCCCACUUGGAGAAAGUUACAGAGCCUUGGGACAAGGGUUACGAUAGCCCUAACCCAUCUUCAGGGUCCUGAUCAUAGGGAAGGGGUAGGCUUGUAUGCCACAGGUGCUAUAAAACCCAGACCCAAAGCGUCUCCCAGUUCCUGACUCCAAGGGGGCCCCGGCCACUGUACAUAACCAGUCUUUUCUGCACGGGCCUUGCGGACCUCCUGGAUGACCCAGACUCAAAGACCAUGGUGGAGGCUGGGUUCAUUGGCGAGCUAUAUGAGUAGUUUCGGCGCAGCCUGGGAACUCAAAGGGGUGCUGUGGGCCCCAGACCAGCACUAGAGCAUGAGGCUGGAGCUGGGCUUCUGUCCAGGCCUAUUUCAGAAGAUCCAGCUGUUUCUUCUGCACUUGAACUUGACCAGCUAUUCUGGGAUUUCUUUUCCACAUUAUCUUGGUAACUUUUACAGUGGACCACAGAAGAAACUUGGAUGAAGAACAAGGUGGUGCCUAGAAAUUAAGACAAUGAGCCUUGCAGGGAUCAAAACCAGGCUUCCCUUAGCCCCACACAUGCCUCAUGUGACCUCAGAAAGCUCCAGAAGAUGGACCAUUUAGCUACCAAGGUUAAGUGGUGGUGGAGAGGAUCUCCACCAUGGGGAGGGUGGCCAGAGACCAUAGGAUGCCUGAGUGUGGGCAGAGUUAGACUGAGCCUGUGUGGUCCCGCUCCUCCACAGCCUCAACAUGGCAACCUAGGACCAAGGAGCGGAGCCUACUCAGAGUGUGGCUCUGCCAGCAGCCCUGAGCCGCCUUAGCCAACAGGUACCUUCCAGAGUUGAGGCAGAUGUCCUCAUUUAUUGUCAUCUGUGCCUUUCUUUGUUCAUUUAUAUCCCACUGUGCUUCAAAGAGAGCCUGGCAGCGAAGAACCAGCCUCCAGAAGCCAAGACCAAGCCUGGACCUUCAGCCUCCCCUUCACUUCUGGGAGGAAGGUCACGGGAAGCACACCUCUGGCUUCUUGUCUGCUGGGCACCUGGUGGAACAGAAGCCGGUUGUACCCUAGAGAUGAGACGGAAGCAGCAGGGCUCUUGGGGUUUCAUGCUGCCUUAUUUAUAUUAAAGG